CACUUCCUGUAGUGAUGGGCCCCAGGAGCUCAGCCACAGCCGGACUCGAUGGCUGGGGGGAAGCUCACCAGGGCCCUGCUGUGCUAUCCCACCCCAGCGGGGGCUGGAGACAGACCAGAGCUGGGGGCGAUCGGAGGGGUCCGGGUCCCAGCGGGUGAGACGCCCCCGCGUCGUCCUCUCACCUCUCCCCAUCCUCAGGGACUUCAUGGACCCCACGAUGGACAGCACCAAGCACAUCCUGAACUAUCUCAUGCCCCUCCUGCAGCGGGAGAGCCGCCCCCUCCACGACUUCAUGCUCAGGGCGGAGGUGGGGACGAUCUUUGCCCUGAGCUGGCUCAUCACGUGGUACGGCCACGUCCUCGCCAACUUCCAGCACGUCCUGCGCCUCUAUGACUUCUUCCUGGCCUCGCACCCGCUCAUGCCUGUCUACUUCGCUGCGGUGGUACGUCCGGCCCGGCCCGGCGCGGGGAGGGCGGCUGGGGGGAGCGAGCACGUCCUGCCUCUAUGA